AUGGAAGCCGCGGCGACAAAGGUCCAUAACUUGGCCAAGAGCGCAUUACCCAAACAACCCUAUCAUCUCGCCAAAUCCAUCGACCAGCGCUAUCGCGUGCCGCCCGAUAAGCUGGAGCUCUACGAAGAAAAGGAGGUCCGCGCCCUGCAGUACAUGACGCUGCUGGCCGAUGUCGACCGCGGCCUGCUGCUGACGCGACCAUACUACGACAUGCGCGAGGAGCCGUCCAACGCCCACGCGGCGCGAGAUCCUGUCGUCAAGACAGACAGGAAGGUGACCAAGUUGUCGCUGAGCGACUACAAGAAUAAACAAAAGAGGGCCUCGCCGUCCCCGCCCGAUUCUGCUUCGGCUGCGAGGGCGCCUGAGGCUCGGAGAGACCCCAGCGACGGGAGUAGAGCGCCCCGCGCGGGCGAGCCGACGAGAGAUGGCAGAGGAGCGAGGCCGCCGAACGGGGCCCAUGAGGAAAGGUCUCACAAACUUGACGCGAGAGGGCAUUCAAGCCAGGACACGACGACGUCCCCCGAAAAACGAAGACGACAGCAGGAAGCAGAAGCGCUUGCGCGAUUGCCUAAGAAGCCGCCAAUCGAUGCGAAUGCGCCCUUGGAAGAUCGCUCGCGAACGCCACGAGACGACAACCCAAGGCGGAAGGAGCCACAGUCGUCGCAAGACAGGACAGCGUCGAGGGACCCGAAGAUCGGCACACCAUCGACACUCCCGAAUGGUAGGGCCAUUCUCAAAUCAACAAUCGGCUCGCAGCACAGCUCGACUCCCUCGGGUCGGCCAAGAGGCGACUCUCUCAACGGCCAGCGCUCCAGUUCAAGUACGAUGAACAGGACAUCGUUGAGCAAGCGUGAUGCGCCACCAAGCAAGUCCACUGUUCCGCCAUUACUAUCACCUCUGCACUUUCCCAUGGAGGAGGCAGAUUCACAACCAACCGAGAGGAGGAGGAGAGACGGCAUCGACGAUCCCCUACGAUCGGUCCAACAAAAGCCGACGAGGACGGCACCGCCGGCUCCAGUCCUGUCCAAGAAAGAAAGAUCGCCACAAAAGAUACCGGCGCUCCUAUCACCGACGCUGCCGCCAGCUCUCGAGGAGGAAUUGGCUCGUUUUAAGGAUACGCCAACAGCAACAAAAGCAGCACGACUGCCUGACCCAGCCGUCAACAGCAAGUCCAAUAAGCUGCUUAGGAGAGCAGACGACGAUGACGAAGAACAAAUAAGAGUCAGCACCAAGGACAAGGAAAGGAACAGAGACAGGGAUAGGGACAGAAAUGGACAGGAGCGCUUCAUAGUGACGCUGAAGUGCGGCCGUAAGCACUCUAAAACACUGAAGCGCAUCCUGGCCCUUCCACCCUCGAAGAAGGAGCGGCCUCGAUCGGCCAGUCUCGAGGCGGCACCGAUCAUCGCUAGGAAACGACCGGCUAGCAGCGUGGAGGAUGUUCGAGACUCGAUCGCCGUCAAGAGGCCGCGGACGUCAGACAUGGCGAGCUCAUCCAGAUUGGUGACGCCGUCAACGCCGGCAAAGACGGCCACGGCCAUGUCCCGAGGCGCGUCGAACAACUCGCAAGGAAACACUCCGGGCGAAAUGAACAGCGUCACGCCGGGAGACCGGCCACCGACGAGGCAGGAGCCGAGGGAGCCCGUCAACCCAGCAACGAUACGCAAGCUGCGGGACCGCUACGAGCGGUACAAGGACCUCGGCGGCAGGCUCAAGCACAGACGCGAUGCGAUGAAGUCGAACCGCGACCGCGCCCCCUCCGAGUCGGAUCAAAAGCUCAGCAUCGCCCUGUGUCUGGAGAGCGCCAUGGCCUACAUGGUCUCCUUCCGCGCCGUCUUCGACUCGCGCCGCCUCGAGAACAAGGCCCAGGACCCCAAUACCUGGGACACGAUCCUGCCGCUGCUCGGCACCCUGCAGCGCGACGUCGGCGACGGUCGCCACCGCGUCCUCGACGCACUCCACCUCCAGCUCAAGGGUGUCAUCCUCGAGGAGCUCAUCAAGUGCUACUGGUCGCUCGACCCAGCCUCCAGCGCCGUCCGCCUCAUGCACUUUGAGCGUCUGCGCGCCAACAUAUGGAAGAGCGCCUACGACGCCGUCGAGCGCGUCGACGACCCCCACAUGCGAUGUAACCUUGGGCCCUGGACGAGCGCCGAGGAGGCCAUCGCGCUGGGCCUGAGGACGGUCCGCCGGUGGGCAGCGGACGAGGGCGUCGACUGGCGGCCGGAGCUCAGCCCGCAGACGAACGGGCUGUAG